CAAGCAAACAAAACAAGCCACAAACAACAUAACCUAUAAAAAUUGCAUUGUAAAAUUAAUUAAAUAAUAAUUGUCGCUCGUGUGUGAUUACAUCAGAUAAUAACCACAUCUGUGCUGUACAACCGGAAAAUCUUGGAACUACAUGAUUACACGUGACACCGCGCAUUAUAAUACCAUACAACUUUUUCAAUACUUGUACACCGUAUUAAUGAAAAAUCUUUGAAAUGGAUACAGAAUAUGAAAAUAAAAUUGCUGAAUUGAAGUCCAAAAUUAAGAGCUUCCCUGAUUUUCCUAAAGAAGGAAUUUUGUUUUGGGACAUCUUCUCAGCAAUAUCCGAGGGAUCAACGUGCAAAUUGCUGCAGAGCAUACUCGUUGAGACUGUCCGAAACAAAUACCCGGAUGUAGAAGCAGUGGUUGGCUUGGAGUCACGAGGAUUCCUCUUCUCAUUCUCUCUUGCAGCCGAACUUGGUAUAGGCUGCCUACCCGUCCGGAAGAAAGGCAAGCUGCCAGGAGAAGUUGUGUCAUAUAAAUAUGAUUUGGAGUAUGGUUCGGAUAUCCUAGAAAUACAGAAGGACGCCAUCCGUCCCGGCCUAAAGUGUCUCAUCAUUGACGACUUGAUAGCCACCGGAGGCUCCAUCACGGCUGCGAGUGAUUUGCUCAAGACUUGUGGGGCUCAAGUCCUUGGAUGCCUCGUCAUCAUUGAACUGGAGUCACUUAAAGGACGUAAUAACAUUCCACCAGGCAUUCCUGUGCAUUCCUUGAUACAGUAUGAGUAAGUGUUUUUAUGGAAUAAAAAAAUCCUCACUCAUUGUAAAAAAUAAAACAAUGUUCGAGUGAAUCAAUGCUAAAUGCUGAAUUUUAAAUACAGUUUUUUCUGUGCCGGUAUGUUAUUGCUUGAGCAGUGCAAUACCUUUGCAUAUGACGGAUUUUUAUAUGACCAUUAUAUAGUUACUAUACAACUAAUAUGAAAGAUAGAAGCAUUUAUUAUUUUCAUGACACCACAGAUAAAUACAGACAGGUACAUUACAUUUAACACAGGACGGAAUCCACAUGGAUAAGACAGAAUAUGGAUAUGCAGCACUAUAUUGUCUGUAUAAUAGUAAAAGUAAAGAUCAUUUUACAGAUUUUAUGUUACUUGUUUGAAUGUGGGCAGGAAAAAAUGUGUUAUGGGACUACCGAAUGCUCCCAUAGGUCUCAAAAUUAAUUUAUGAAAUCUGAGCCUAACAAAUUUAAAUGUGGAAGCAGUACUUUUAGAGAAAGACACUCCUACCACUGUUAUAUAGGUAUAUAUUUAAUUUUAUAUGUUUUUUAAAAAUGUUUUAGUUGGUACCUUUAGAAGAUGAUUUUAUAGAUAAAAUUCUAAGUAUAUUGUUUUGUUUUUUUAUGCUAUUAGCGAAUUUAGCAAUGAAGUAGAUAUUUUAGUGAUUUGUAAAAUGUUGAGAUAAUAUUUUAUCAUUUGACUUUUGACUUGUGAUCAUAAGUUAGUACAACUUCUUAUCUAAAUAUAAAUGGCAAGGCAUGAAUUGUUUUCAAGUGAUAAAACAUUUUGGACCCAAGAACUGAUUCCAUUUUAAAAUUAUAAAUAAAUAAUUGUUGCCAAGACCCGUUUAAAAUGGAUCUUAAAAUUAGGAACAAUGUAGGUAAGUAGGUAACUUUAAUUCACCUAAAAAAUAAAUUGAAAGCAACAUUUGAAUGAGGGACUUUCUAGGCUACGUUCCCCAAAAAUAAUAUAGAUGGCGCUAUUCCUAAAAAAUGUUAUCUAAUGAAUCUGUUUUAUUAACAUACUUGUAAGUACCGACAGAUCUACUAAGGGUGGUAUUAAUGAACUAAUCUCACCUGAGACUGCCCUCAAAAUCACGCUCAAGUCCCAGUUUUUAUAUAAGAACUGUCACAUUGACAUGAUCUUGAGGGCAGUCUCAAAGCUGAGAUUAGUUUAUUAAUACCACCCUAGGGUAGAUUAAAAAUCUUCCACAUGCCAAAAUUAUAAUAAAUUAAUAAUUAAAUAUACAUAAUUUUUAAUUAUAAAUACUAUGGUAUUUGCAAAAGUACAAUUUUUAUGUAUUUGUUACAUAUUUUACUGCUCAAUAUGAUCAAGUUGUAAGUUGUAAUAAAUAGAAUUAAUGUACAAAACCA